CGUAUGAGUUCAGAGUUGUGACCACUGAUGACACUGAUGACACACUGAUGACAGCCGAAACGUCGUAAUAAUAAUCAUUUAUUUAUUUCUUAUUGAUUUUAACUAUUUAAUUACUCUUGAUGUUUCUUUGUAAAGAUAUGGUUAUCUAAACAUAAAAAACAAUUGCAAAAAAUAAAUCAUUUAAGUAAUAUUAAAACAAAAAAAAAACCUUGUGUAAAUUAUAACAAGUUCAAUGUUGUUUCCAAGUGUCAAACAUUUCUGACAUUUGCAUAACUUGUCAUUUAAUCUGUUGACUAUUUAUUUGUGUGUCUAUUGUUAUUUAAAUAAUUAAAAUCAAAUAAACAACAAAGUGUGCGACAUAAUAACAAAUAGAUAAGCUAGUUUGAUUAAUUUGGUAGUCCAGCCCUACGUAGAAGUUUUUUAAACAUUAAAUUUGUGCUUUAAUUAAUUUAAUUAAUCAUCAAAAUGGAUACUGGCUUUUCAUCUUACCACAAUGGUGGUCCAGCUCGAGAACAAGAUUUUGAUAGACUUGCACAAACUGUCAGUACUUCAAUAUUAAAAAUAUCACAAAAUGUAUCAUCAAUGCAAAAAAUGGUUAAUCAACUUGGUGGUGCAACUGAUUCACAAGAACUUAGAAAUCAAUUGCAUCAAAUUCAACAUUAUACAAAACAAUUAGCAAAAGAUACACAAAUACAUUUAAGAGAUUUAAAUGGUAUUGCUAAUAAUACAACAGUCAUUAGUCCAGGUGAUCAAACACGUAAAAAAAUGAAAAUGCAAACUGAAAGACUUCAUGAUGAAUUUAUGGCUGCAUUAAAUAGUUUUCAAGCUGUUCAAAGGUUAGCAGCAUCAAAAGAAAAAGAUAUGGUUAAAAAAGCUAAAGCUGUACAAGGUAUACAUUUUGGUGAAAAAAAACAAGAAACACUUAUUGAAUUAAAAGACAGUAGAACACAAAAACAAAUGCAACAACAGCAUUUACAUGAUGAACAAAAUAUUCGUAUGCUUGAAGAACAAGAAGCCAGUAUACGUCAGCUUGAAAGUGAUAUUAGUGAUGUUAAUCAAAUAUUCAAAGAUCUUGGUGCUUUGGUGCAUGAUCAAGGUGAAAUUAUUGAUUCAAUUGAAGCAUCAGUUGAAAGAACUGAAGUGUUUGUCAAUGAAGGAACACAACAGCUAAGAACAGCAGCAACUUAUCAAAAUAAAUUGAGAAAGAAAAAACUUAUUCUUGCUAUUAUUGGUGUUGUUAUAUUAUCACUUAUUAUUUCUUGGUUUUAUUGGGGAAAUUAAUUAAACAAUAAACAAAAUGAAAGAAAAAUUUAAAUAAUAUUUAAAUUAUGUUAACUAUUAUAUUUAAAAUCUACCUAUUAACAAAACAAACAAAAAAAUCUUUUGAAAAUAAUUUGCUUUUGUAUUAUGUCUCUUUCAUAAAACAUGUGGCAUAGCUCGAUUGAUUUUUUGUAUUUAAAUACUAAAAAAAAAAUGCUUUUAAUUGCGAUGAUAUAAUAAACAAAAAAAGCUACAUAUUUUAUAGAUAUUGAUUAUUUAUACACAUUGUACACACACUAUGAAUUUUAACAAUUAAAUUAUUGUAAACGAGUAUAAUUUUAUUAUUAUGGAAUUAAAAAAAAAAAAACAUUCCUCAUGAUAAACAUUUAAGAAUGUAUAAACAAAUAAAUUAAUACUAAAAUUAUGUAAAAGCCAAAUUUAAUUUUGUGUAUUAUAUAAUAAACAAAAAAAAUUAAUGAAAAAGAAAAUAUUAGUCUCUGCUAAAGUUCAUUCUUAAUUUUUAUUUAAUUUAAUUUUGAAUGAUAAAAUUAAUCAAUACUUUUACUUUGUAUUAAAAAUAAUAUUGACUAGUUUUUUUUUUCGCUAUUUGGAUUUGAGUUUGCUACCUUGAAUUAAUUUGAUAUAUUGUUUGCUUAUAUAUCUAAAAAUACGAAUAGAAAAAAAUAAAAAGUCUAAUAACUAAAAAACAAAUUAUACAAUAUAAUUUACUGACAUAUAUUUCUAUGGAAAUUUAAUAAAUUAAAAAACAAACAAAACUGAUCAAACAAACUAUUCUAUUAUAAAAAAACAAAA